AUGAGCUACCGCGUAUCGGGGUCGGACAGUAAGAAGUUGGUCCAGCUCAAGGAGGUCGCUAAACAGGACGCUGGCGAGGGUACCCGUAGACCUGCCGACUCUGAGGAACAUAAUAGGGGCUCUGCCGUCGGUGAGUUCCACGAGCCUCUUGUCCACAGUGCCAAUGAGCCUCUCGAGCUAGACAAGCACAUUAGAGAGCUUGCUGCCAUCGACAACACCGAAGACCGGGCCCAGCCGGAGCAGCAAGCUGAGAAGCCUGCCUUCGACCACAAUAUCAACUUGCCUCCCCAGCUCAAGGAUAAGAUGGUAGCUGCCGUCAUCAUAAGACUAUUCAGCCCGUUGUUCUUGUUGCUAGCCAGCCCAGUGGGCACGAGGACCAGAUACGAGACCCCCGAAACCACCAUGCCCUUCACGCUGCCCGGCUUGUUAUCGACUAUAAUUCUCAGGCUAUUGCUGACGGUAGCACCAAGGCUGCCCUUCUUGAGGAGUAUGCCGGACAGGCCGCUGUUCAUGCUGUCAACAAAGCUGGCCAGCCUGUGGGAGACAAUGAUCGAGGCGCUUUUCAAGCCCAUCAGCAACCCCAGCCUUCAGGCCCGCAUGAUGUUCCCUGAUCCUCAAUGCCUCGCCAGUCCUCCAGCCUUUCUGAUGCGGCAAACUUUUGUCCAACAGGCUCACGAAGCCAAGGCGAAGCACCGAGGACAUGUCACCUUGGCCGCCAUGCAGGAUCCGGGUGUCCCCGGCCAAUCU